CUCCUCCCUGCACGAGCAGGAACACCAACCUUUUAUAUAGCGUCGCCUCCUCUCGGCAGCACCCUUGCCAGCCUCUCUUCUUCGCCCGUCCUCACCUUCCCUGCCCUGCUCAGAGAUCGUGUGACGCUUGGUCUAGGCAGGCAGAAAGGUGUUAGAACUUGGUGGUUGGUUCGGGCCUUUUUGUCCUUGUGCUGAGAUCUACUACACGGCUUCCUUUUGUUCAAGCAACUACUCCUACUUUAUACUCCUAUGGCAUCGUGAUUUGUGAGUGGAUGGAUCACCGAAUGAUGUUGAAAUUAUUGAUCUGAAUGCUGAAACAUACACUCAAACGGAUGACAGAUCAAGCAGCAACAUGUUGAUCACUCAGAUCAAAGCACCGCAAAGGGAAUUGGAUCAGGGAAGAAGAGAAGGCAAGCAAGCGGUCGUGACCAUGGAGUUCAAAGCGGCCGUUUUCACCGCCGCCGCGCUGGCCGUCCUCCUCUGCUCCCCGGCAUCGGCCCAGAAGAGCCCGCCCGCUCCGGCGCCGGUGUCGGUGUCGAUUCCGCCGUCCCUCGCGCCGGCGCCGGCGCCGGCCCCGCGCUACGUGGACCUCGCGGCGCUCCUGGACGUGGCCGGCCCGUUCCACACCUUCCUGACCUACCUGCAGAAGACGAACGUGAUCGAGACCUUCCAGCGCCAGGCCAACAAGACCGACGAGGGCAUCACCAUCUUCGUCCCCAAGGACUCGGCGUUCGCCGCGCUCAAGAAGUCCACCUUCUCCAACCUCACCGGCGACCAGCUCAAGACGCUGCUCCUCUACCACGCCUUCCCCAAGUACUACCCGCUGGCGCAGUUCAGGAACCUCAGCGUGCUCAACCCGGUGGACACCUUCGCCGGCUCGCCCUACACGCUCAACCUCACCGACGACAUGGGCACCAUCACCGUCGAGUCCAUGUGGUCCAAGCCCAAGAUCUCCAGCAGCGUCUACGCCACCAAGCCCAUCGCCGUCUACUCCAUCAACAAGGUGCUCCUGCCCAUGCAGCUCUUCAGCAAGGACCCGCCGCUGGCGCCGGCGCCCGCGCCCGCGCCGGAGUCAGGGGCGUCGGACAUCGCCCCCAGCCCGGGCGGCGCCAAAGCGGGCGCCGGGAACGGCAAGGCGGACUCGACGAGCGCCGGGUAUGUCGGCGCUGCGAAUUGCUUGGGGCUGCUGGCUGCCGCGGCAGGUGGCUUGAUGCUCCUGUGGUGAGAGAGAAGGGAACACGUCGAUGGUUCUUGUCAUUUGUAAGCACUUGAAUUUGAUUUUGAGCUGGUUGAUGGGAGUCAUUCUUUUGGACAUAGUAGGCAUGAUGUUAGGAUUGAAUCCGAGUAUUUUACAUCAUAUUGGUCGUCUCAU